UGUAUCUCGUUAACUGGUGCACGCACUCUAACGUUGGUAGCACUCUCGCUCCAUCCUUUCUGACAGCCUCACAAGAUAGGGUUCCAUCCUCGUCAUGGCAUCUGAAGAGCUCGCACGAAAGCUGCAAUCGCGGCUUUCUGCUACACAGGAGACCAUAGCGAGGCCCGAGCCCGAACAGAGCCCUGUCCGACCCAAACCGCAGGGGUCAGAUGCUGCCUGUGGAGAUUCAUCAUCCGAGCUAUCCGCCAAACUGACGCGUAGGCUGGACAUCAACGAGGGUAACGCUGCACCACGAGCGACCCGGGUCUUCAACCCUUACACCGAGUUCAAAGAGUUCUCCCGCAAGCAGAUUAAGGAUAUGGAGGGAAUGUUCAAGCGGUAUGACACUGGGAAAGACGGCUUCAUCGACCUGAUGGAGCUAAAGCUGAUGAUGGAGAAGCUGGGAGCUCCACAGACUCACCUGGGCCUGAAAAACAUGAUCAAAGAAGUGGAUGAAGACUUUGAUGGCAAACUAAGCUUCAGGGAGUUCCUGUUGAUUUUCCGGAGAGCAGCAGCUGGAGAACUGCAGGAAGAAAGUGGUCUACUGGCAUUAGCAAGACUGUCUGAGAUCGAUGUCUCCACUCAGGGUGUUAUGGGGGCCAAAGACUUUUUUGAAGCCAAGAUGCAGGCUCUGUCUGCCGGUAGCAAGUUUGAGGCUGAAAUUCGAGAGGAAAAAGAAGAACGCAAGAGACAAGAAGAGGAGAAAAAACAACGACAUGCUGCCUUCAAGCAGCUGCAGUCCACCUUCUGCUCAUAACCCACCACAGAAAGCAGAUGAUGCAGAUUGCAAAGUUCAGUGUUACUGAAGUUUUAGAAACCCACUCCUUACUUAGACUCAAACCCGUUUUAAAUUGUGGCACUUAAAUAAAAAACAGAUUAAUUAAAUUAAAAUUAAAUCUCAACUAAAAUAAAAAACAUGUCAUAACUAGGCACAGGGUGAAGUCCAGGAUAUGGUUAGCCUUGCACAAAACUGAUACCUUGUAUAUUGUAUGUUCGACCUCUAGACCAUCUGAAAUCCAUCUUUGGGGGUUUUUUUCUGUUUGUUUGUUUUGUGUUUUGUGCUAUAACCUUGUUGAUGAACAGUAGUUUGCAAUCCCACAACUAAACAACCAUAAAUAUGUUUCUGUUUACCUACAGAGUAAAUAAAGAUGUGUUGUAGACCUAGGCUAAGGACAACAACUGUACACUGAAGUUUAGCCGUAUUGCUAAAAGCACACAGAAGACUGCUUCCAUUUAAUCAUGCUUGCAUGUUACAGUACUAUUUCUCAACUUUGCCUUUGCUAAGACUUCAUUUCUAAUGACCCUAGAAAAAAAAAAGAUGUUCUCAAGUGGAGGUCCGAUGAUAAUCCUAAUUGUGGCAGGAGACAUCCUUUUAGUUAUCCUCUUUCGUAAGGAACCAUCUGUAUAAAACACCAAUGAGCCAUUGUUUGAAUAAUUCUUUUGUGAUGAUUUGUGCACAGUAAUAUUGUGUAAAAGCAGUAGCGAGCAUCUUUACUGUGACCAAACAGUAGGUAACAUGCAAGUUACAAGGUCCCAGGAGAAAUGUGCCCAUCUAAUUUGAUUUUACAGGUUCCCUUCUGUAGAGUGACAUAUCACAAAUUAAGAUGUGAAAGGUCUGGUGUCUGUAGACUACGGGAUAACAAAAAAAGUACAAGCUGUCACUUUAGUGCCCGAUUACACCGAAAAGAUGACCCAGAACAAGAUAGAAAACAUUCAGUUCUUUUUUUUUUGUAGCUCCAGAAAAGUAAAAUCUUCAUUUGUUAUUUUCAAAUGCACUGUGGUGUUUUGGUGUAAGAAACAAAAUGUUAGGGGGAGUUCAGUCAAUAUACACUGGUAACCUCACUACUGUUUUUUUGGUUUUUUUUUUUGCAAAUGAGCCAUUACCUAUAGGUUUUUAACUGACUCCAGAGACCGCUGAAAUUCAGCUUCAUGUCUAAAUAGGACAAAUGCUGAUUUUUAUGUUGUGACUGUGAAUUACAGUACUAUUCAGUACGACUAAGUCUUGGGCCAUCGUUCAUUUCUUUAAACUUAGGUAAAAUGUGUAGUAUUUGAGGUGAAAAAUGAAUCUAUUUUGGAAAAAAGAUGUAAGCUGACAAAAUGUGGAACAAGUGAGUACCUUUAGAGGCACUGUAACAGAAAACUUGGCAAACAACCUAUUUUCUGUGACAUUUCAUGCUCACAUCAGGUGUCUGACCUGGUCUUGUUUUUCCCAUUUCAGAAAUAGGGGUAACCUCAGGACUGUUGUCUCAAAAUGUGAACUGGAGAUUCUCAUCCAUGCUUUGAUCUCUACUAGUUCAAAUUAUUGUAAUACACUGUUUUCUUGUCUAAAGCAUCUAGUAAUUGCUUCUAGUCCAUCUAAAAUGCUGCUGGAAGGCGUUUAACUGAUGUUAAAUCUUCUCGAAACAUCUUUACACUGACUUCCUGUCAGGUUCAGAUUUUAGUUAAAAAUGUAUGCCCAUCUGUAAUGUCCAUUAUGUAACACCAAACCAAAACAACAGUUUCUUUAUAUUGUAAGGUAAAAACCGUAAAAUGGUAAUAAAGACCUGCAGUAAUUCCCUGAUUCUCCAAGCUGGGUUCUUAAGCCCAGGUAGGGGUCUUCUUGCUAUCUCACGUGUUAGUCUGAAAACAAAGAACAAUUGGGUGUUUCAAUCCUUUGCUCCAAAAUUCUGGAACAGCUUAAUCCUCUCUUUUUACGCUCUUAACCCUGUGACAUUCUUUAAAACAGCUUAAAGAUAGGCAUUUAGACAAUGUUUUUGCAUACUGUGGUUUUACUGGUUCAUGUAAAAACCAUUUUGACUUUGCACAAGCUGUACUUGAAUGUCUGUCACUUACUUGUUAAGAACCAAUUCAAGUUAUUCCUUUAGAUACAGUAUUUUAUUAUCAGCAGCCUGUCACAAAAAUGCAUAAUUUACUCUGGUUUCAUUCCAACAGAGCGAUUUUCAAAUUGAUGGAGUUUGAUUAGAGUUAGAGAGACAGGAUAAAAGACAUGCUGUGGAAGAGAGCUACGUUACCUGAUCCAGCCCUAAAUAUAAGCUUUGUCAAAAAGGAAAGUUUUAAGCCUAAUCUUAAAAGUAGAAAGUGUGUUUGCCUCCUGAAUCCAAGCUGGGAGCUGGUUACACAGAAGAGGUGUCUGAAAGCUGAAAGCUCUGCCUCCCAUACUACUCAAAUACCCAUCAACCACAAGUUAAUUAAUCCACAGUCUGUGUACUUAAUCAGAUGGGGCCUGAUUAUUCAAGACCUUGUAUGUGAGAAGCAGGAUUUUGCAUUCAAUUCUGGAUUUAACAGGGAGGCAAUUAAUUAAAAGCCAAUAUAGGAAAACUAUAAAUUUUCUUUCUAGUCCCUGUCAGUACUGACAGGGAUGUUAUAAUGUUUUUGUAUUAUAUACUAUAUUUCCAUGUUUGUUUGUGUGUGUUUCAGUAAAUCACUGUACCUUUUUCCUACCAAAAUAUAAAGACCUGAGGGUGGCUCAAGACUCUCAGUACUGUAUACAUGUCCAAUGGGAAAAGUCUCACGGCAGUACUUUGAGAUCAGAGACAGGCUGUACAGAAUAGUCCUGCAGUUCCUUCAUUCAGCACAUCUGCAUAGAAGAGAGAUGUAUGUGUUACUUCAUCAUGUAGUCUUAGCGUUAUCAUUAGCUUUGCUAUGCAGCUAUGUCGGUAGCAUUGGUCUAGAAAAGAGCCUGAUACUUGAAGAAAUAGCUGAAUACUUUGGGAAAUACUAGGAUUUUCACUUCGGUAAUUUCGGGGUUGCACUUUCACUUUGCUUAGCGUAAAGACUGGAAGCAUGGUUAGCAACUAGCCUAGUUCUGUCCAAACUGAUUACAUAGAUCUAGCAAUAGCCUUAAGGCUCCCAAUUAUGUUUUAUGUGGGUUCAGGUCAUUUCUAGUAUUUGGUACCAUUUGAGUACCCAUAUCAGAACUAAGUGUAUUUUGUAUAAUAAUGGGCCAGUAUCUAUUUUUCCAAAUCUUGUCUUAGCCUAAAAUGCCGCAUCCCCAUGUCACCUUUGUUUAAGUUAAGUUACCAAUAGGAGUUCAAAAUCUUAAAAUUAUUUCCAGUAUAAACUGAUAUUAUUUGUAAUUUUGAUCAUAGGUUUGAUAAACAUGAGUAAUAAUUACUCACUUAAGGAUAAAACAUCUUUCCUGUUAUAGUACUAGGCAGAAUGGUUAUUGACAUGAAAUGCAUAUCAUUGUGUGUUUUUAAUUUAUUCACAGCAUGACAUUCAAAGUUUAAUCUAUACAACGUUUUUAGUCAUUUUUAACCUAAUGUAUCUAAUUCUUUUUUCAUAGUUUGGUAUCUAAACCCCAAAUAUGUCGUGCAGUCAGACUGUAUAUGGAAAAGGAGACUACAAAGAAUAUUAAAAAUUGUGUUUAAGUGAUAAUAAUAGCACAGUACACUGGCAGGAUUUUAUUUUAUUAAUGAUUAUAAAUGUUUUAACAAUAUGCUUUAUGCAGAAUAUAUCAUUUAUAUAAAAAUAAAAAUGUAGAACUAUCAGGCAUUUUAAAGCUGUUGAGAUGAAAUAAGCAUUUUGUCAAGAAAUUAGUGUUGACAUGAGACUUAUUAUUGUAGGCUCUUUAUCUUACUAAGUAAGGCCUUGAGGUGAUUGUUGUUGUGAUUUGGCAUUUUAUAAAUAAAAUUGGAUUGAACUGAUUUGAAUUAUGAAAUAAAACGGUCAUAGUGAAAAGGAUAUUUCACCAUCCAAAGGACUCAGUGAGGUUUUUGUAGCUAGUUGGAAAGUUGUAAAGCUCUCACUCUAACAUGGAUAAGAAUAGCUUAAUUCAAAUGGUUUAAUGUUAGGUGGAACAACCAACCUAAAACUAGCAAAAUAUUAAUUUAUUUAAAAAAAUGGACUUAAUUUAAAAGCUAUAUAUAUGCUCUCAGUACCAAACCUAGAAAUUAUAAGGUGCUCAUUUAAGUCUUUUAAAAUAUUUUUUUUAAAGUCAUUUAAAAUGUUGAAUUUGAAAAAUGCAACUUCAUCAAGUUAAUGUUAUUAUCGGAUUAUACAUUUCAUUUACAAAAUGGUUAUUAGUGAUUAUUACUAUGAUAAUUGUUUUUAUCUGAUAGAUGUUAGAAACUUUUAAACCUUUACAGGAUUAAAUUUUCAUUGAACAGGAAGAAUUACAAAUAAUUGGGCCAUUUCAUUCAAUGAACAAAAUCACGGUCUCUCACUGGUUAAGCAAACGGUGAGGCAAGUAUUCACUGGUGUGAUGUCACCUUGUGGACAAAAUUAAUAACAUAAAAUAAAACAACGUUAUGCAUAUAUUUAUGGCUAAAUUGAGUACAUUUAAAAUAAAUAAUAAAUGGAAUACUUAAAAAAAACUGGACCAAAUUUCAUUAAAAUGUAUUCUUAAUCUAAAAGACAUGAAUUGAAGUUUCAGAACACAGAUUACAGAUCAUGGCUUUUCUUCAGUGGUACUUUAUUAAUACCUUGUAAAGUACAUUUAGGGGGCAUUUAGCAUGUCACACAUGGAGACUUUGGACAAAAUUGUUCAAGCAUUAUAUCUUCAGCUUGACUAGUAUACUAUUCUAAUAGUUUAUGAAGCCGCCUCUCACGAAAUCAUAAAUGAUACUACUUUGAAAUGGCAUUAAAUAGUAGAAAUGACCAAAAUGUUAGCACCAAAGUGUUACAUGGAUUGAUAAAUGGAUUCAGAUCUUCCAGGACCUGAAACUAAAAAGUGUUUUUGAAAAAAAAGUAAUGUAUUAGCCAUUAUAUAUAUAUCUUGUAGUCUCACUUUUGGAAAGAAAGUACUUUUUCCCAAUGAUGUUGAUCUAUAUCUAAAACAUAAUUUAAGAAAUCCUUUACAGAAACACUGACACAUGGGCAGCAGUUUGGCUGUUGUGGAAGAUGCAGUCCUCUCAUCUUUUUUAAACAAUAUGCAGUGUCACUACCUGUGGAAUGACUGUAAUGUCAUCUGUUAGCACCAUACCUGCAACACACUGAAAUCACACUAGUAAAAAUUAGUUUUUAAAAAUUAGUAAAUAUUGCAUAUGUGCAGAACCUGCUCUGUUCUGAAUGAGGUCAUUGCCUUUAAUUUGUCAGCUUUGAAGGGCAGAAGUAAAUUUUGGGUUGCUAUACAGAUGUAGAAAACAGUAAAAGAAAAUUGAAGUAAUUAUUAUUUUCUGAUACAUGGAUAAUAAAAGAAAUUCUAGAAGAUCAAAUAGAUCCACAAGCCCAAUGAAGCAGAGAGGCUCUAAACUAAACAGUGUACGGCGCAUUUUAUGUUCCUGAUCAUUUUAUUUAGUCUCUAUUAAUGUAUUAAGUUGUAGCAUGUUAUUGUUGACGUAUAACCAACCAGUGUAUGGAUUGCAUACUUUAUCAGUGAUUUGUUGUAGAAAUGGACAGAGUAUUUUUUGAUGAAUAAAUUGUCUUUUGUUUUAUUAGAAAAGUUGCCAAAUAUUAAAGUCAGCAAAAUAUAUUUUUCAGCACUGUAUAGAUAUUGUAUUUCUGCUGUCUCUGUCAGAAUGCUAAUGUUAAACUUAACUGCAAUAAAUGAUAAAUAGAAUGGUAAA